AUGAGCGAAGAAAUGGGUCACAAUGAGGCGUUUACUCGUGUUUUUCAUGGUCUUCUGGACGCUCUUGGUGGGGACUCUGUACCGAAAGUGCCGGCCGCGUCUGGUGGUCUCGCCUUUAGUGGUCGUGCCAUUCCUGGCUGGGAACAUUUCGCUCGGUUUAUGCACGCUAUGCAUUGA